GAGUGAGAGAAGAGAGGAGAACACACGCGCCGUCUAGCAACCGCAGGGAAGCCAGCCGGAAUCACACUCUCUCUAUCUCCACACCCACCCCAAAAGGUGUCCCCUCCUCCUUUUUGCAUCCGAGGACCUUAUAAAUUGACCUGAGGGACAGUGAGGCGAGGACUCUGGGACUCUCAACUUUGGAAAUAGCCAAGGGAAAGGAGCUUUGCAACUCUCUCUCUCUCUGUGGGUUUGUGUGUGCACAGGACUUGCAUUUGUGAGAGAACAAAAAUCAGAACCUCAACUGCAUGUUUCUAGCGUGUGUUCUUUGAUUUGAUUUUUGAAUAUUUGAUGAGAAAAUGCUCAAUGCUGUUGGCACACUCAUCUUGGGUUACUGCCUGACCCUGGGAACGGGCUACAGGAUGACUUCACACUCCAGUGGAAAGAAGCAGUUCCAGGUCCAGAAUGGGCCGUGCAGCUAUACGUUCCUGCUGCCGGAGCAGGACAACUGCCCGACGGCUGCUGGCGACGCAGACACCAACCUGGUCCAGAAAGAUGACCCAGAAGAGUAUGAGGCCAUCCAGAGGCUGGAGCAACUGGAGGGCAUUAUGGAGAACAACACCCAGAGGCUUCUCAUGUUGGAGAACUACAUCCAGGAGAACAUGAAACUCGAGAUCGCCCAGAUACAACAGCACGCCGUGCAGAACCACACAGCGGCUAUCAUUGAGAUUGGGACAAACCUGCUCAGUCAAACCGUGGAACAGACGCUAAAGCUGACAAACGUCGAGGCACGGGUUAUAAAUCAAACCACUCGACUUCAACUUCAACUUCAUGAGAACUCUCUGUCAACGAGCAAAUUGGAAAAACAAAUCAUCCUCCAAACGAACGAAAUAAGCAAAAUGAACGAGAAGAACAGCUUUCUGGAGAAGCGGGUGGAGGACAUGGAGGGGCAGAGGCUGGUGGAGCUGAAGGGACUGCAGGAGGAGAAGGAGCAGCUCAAGCAGCUGCUCCAGCAGCAGACCAGCAUCAUUCAGCAGCUGGAGCAACAGUUGCUGCACGCAUCCUCCAACAACUCCGUCCUGCAGCAGGAGCAGCAAAAGCUUCAGGACACAGUGAACAGCAUCAUCAACUCCAUCUUCAGUUCCACCAUGACUAAGUCCGCCAUGAUGCAAGAUGCCCCGACAGUGUUUAGAGACUGUGCAGCAGUUUUUAAAUCCGGAAACACAAACAGUGGAAUCUAUUCACUGAAUCUCCCGAGCAUGACACAGCCAAUCAAGGCCUAUUGUGACAUGGAAACGGAGGGAGGUGGAUGGACUGUUCUGCAGAAAAGGUUCGACGGUCAUGUUGACUUUCACCGUACGUGGAAAGAGUACAAAAUGGGUUUUGGGGACGUCUCAGGGGAACACUGGCUGGGGAAUGACUUCAUCUCUCAGAUGACCUCUGAUCAGACGUACGUCCUGAGAAUUGAACUGAAGGACUGGGAGGGAAACUCGGGAUACUCGCAGUAUGAUGAAUUUUCCCUCACCGGCGAAUCAGAAAAUUAUAGGAUACACCUUAAGGACUACAGUGGAAGUGCAGGCAAAAUCAGUAGCCUUGGUCAGCCAGGAAGUGACUUCAGCACAAAGGAUGCAGACAAUGACAAAUGUGUUUGCAAGUGUUCACAGCUGACCUCAGGAGGUUGGUGGUUUGAUGCCUGUGGACCGUCUAACCUGAACGGCAUAUACUACCAACAAGGCCAGAAUACCAACCGUUUCAAUGGGAUCAAAUGGUACUACUGGAAAGGCUCAGGAUACUCACUGAAGGCCACAACGAUGAUGAUCCGUCCAGCAGACUUCCUACAGGCUCCUCUUAAGUAAAUGGUCAAGGAGCAAUUGGGGAAUUAGACCUAGUACAGACGCCCAUUUUCAGCAGUUCUGAACUUGAUGUUAUCCCGAGUGUUUGAAAGGAGUAAAUGUGAGUAACUUCUCAAA